UCUGAUGCAAUCUACAGAAUUUGGACGUAAAUAUUGCCUUGAUCGGUAUAAAAUCCACUAAAGCUCUUUCCCAAAGCUCAUUGUUAACCAGAAAUGAACAUUUGAGGGCAAACAAAACUGUACUAUUUUCGCAAAAAGGUGAAUAUAUUUGCACGUCAAAAUGUGCGGACACAUCACUCCUUUGGCUCGAGAUUUCCAUCGUCUCUUGAAGAACGUCAAAAAGCUCUCCAACAAUCAAGUUAAAGUUGUGGACUACGCAGACGACAUUUGUGAAUUCACACUUGAGAUCAAACCAAACGAUGGAUACUACAACAGAGGGAUGUUCGAGUUCAAAAUCGAGCCACAAGAACCGUACCCUCAAAAAGCCCCAAAAGUCCAGUGCUUGACUGACAUUUAUCAUCCAAAUAUCAAUGACUCGUACGACCGAGAUGUUUGCUUAAGUUUGUUUGAUGAUUGGACGGCUCAGAAUGAUCUAGAGGAUUGCGUGCAAGGCCUUCUUUUCCUUCUCUACAACCCGAACCUUGAGGAUCCAUUGAAUCCAUACUUCGAUCCAGGAAGCGAAGAACAGAUUUCAAAUUUUGCAGACGAUGUUAGAACCUCCCUUGAAGGUGGAGGGGUGGAAGGGCAUUAUUAUGAGAGGAACAUUGUUGAGGAAAAAGAAUCAGAAACUGUCCUUGAUGAAGGUAGUGGAACACAAGAAGUGGAUACAACUGUAACAACAGAAGCAGAAACUCAAACAACAUUAUCUCCAACAACAAUUGAAGCAAUAACAACAGUACCGACAAAAUCAUAUACACCAACCAUAGAAGCAGCAACAACAUCAACAACACAGCUAACUAUAAAUGAAAUGGCACGACAGGUGACAACAGCAACACAAACAACAAUACAAACAACACCUCUUGAUCAUUUGCAACAUGAACCACCACAAACAGCAACAGCAGUAGCAACUGCAGCAACAGCAGCAACAGUAACAAUAGUAACAACACCUACAACUGAAGCGAGAGGACAUGAAUCAACACAAACAAUGCAGACAACACCACAAACAACAGCAGUAACAGGAACAACAGCAGCAAGUGUAACAACAACAACAGCAACAACAACAGAAGCAAUAAUGACAACACCUACAACUGAAACAAAAGGACAAGCAGCAACAAAAACUAUUCAGACAACGCCACAAACAACAGCAGUAGCAACUGUAGUGACAACAGGAACAACAACAGCAGUGACUGGAACAACAGCAACUGCAACAUCAACAGAAACAAUAAUGACAACUCCUACAACUCAAAUGAGAGAAAUGUCAGCAACACAAACAACAACAGCAGUAGCAACUGUAGUGACAAAAGGAACAACAACAGCAGUGACUGGAACAACAGCAACUGCAACAUCAACAGAAACAAUAAUGACAACUCUUACAACUCAAAUGAGAGAAAAGGCAGCAACACAAACAACAACAGCAGUAGCAACUGCAAUAACGACAGGAAAAUUGGCAACAACACCUACCACAGAAACAAGAGGACAUGAAUCCACACAAACUAUUCAGACAACAACAACAGUGACAACAACAAUAGUAACAUCUAUAACUGGAACACAAGACUGGAAACAGAAAACACCACUUCAAACAAUAAAACAACAAACAACAGCAACAACUCCUCAACCUCCAGCUGCUUCAAUAGAAAAUACUGAAAAGUCCUAGACAAGAAAUCAUAGUUCAACAAAAAAAUCAGAAGCUUUCAAAAUGAAUGAAAUGAUUGAACCAUAUUUUUUACAUAAAAGUUUUAUUUAGAAUAAUGUACAUAGUAUCAUAUUCCAUUCACUAUUUUGUAGUACUAAGAAAAUAAUAACAUUAAUAUUCUGUAUUGGACAUCAACAAUUAUAGUAAAAAAAUAUUAGAAAAAAAAAUACUAACACACUUUCGAUGUACAUAAUUAUUGGCAUAUAUUGUUGAAUGAAGUGAUGAGUUUUGAAUGUACCAGAAAAUAAAACGCACAAUAAAAUAAAAAUAAUAAACCAAAA